CCAUUUCUGACAAAACCUUUCUACUGUUAUCUCUUCCACUCCUCUCUUCCUCCUCCCUUCUCUCACAAACUGCAACACCUUCUUUUGAGCAUAUUAUUGUCUUAUUAAAUCUGAUCUACAGCCAUUUCCUUUUUUCUAGUCUAAUCCAUGGCUGCUUUUGUAGUUCUAUUGCUGGUUUUAGCCAUGACUGGCCAUUCAAGUGGCACAUGGUGUGUGUGCAAGAUUGGAGGUGGUGACUCAGUCCUUCAGAAAACAUUGGACUAUGCUUGUGGAGCUGGGGCUGACUGUAACCCUACCCAUCAAAAUGGUCCUUGUUUCAACCCCAACACUGUGAAGGCACAUUGUGAUUAUGCUGUUAACAGCUAUUUCCAGAAGAAAGGGCAGGCCCAAGGAUCCUGUGAUUUUGGUGGUACUGCUAUGGUUUCCACAUCUGACCCUAGCACACAAGCCUGUUCUUACCCUUCUAGUGCUAGUUCUGUGAAUACCGGCACGACAGGCGUCCCGGUAGCUACAAACACCCCAGGUACCUCCACCACACCAGGAACCACAACCCCUUUUGGUGCAACCCCAUCUAGUGGAGGAGUGUUAGGAGGGGUUGGUACUAACACCGGCGUAGGUCCAUCAGGAGCUGGUAUCAACACGGACGAGAGUCACGGCGGGCUUAAACUUGAAUACUCUGCUAUGUUCUCUUCCUCUCUAGCCAUCUUGGUUUCAGGGUUGAUGCUUUUGUUGGGUUUAAGAGAGGGUCGAUCAUAGGGAAUAUCUCUGCUGGUUUUGCUGUUUUAUUAGUUAGUAGAACUAUUGCUGCAUAUUAUUAUUAUAUAUCGGAUCAGAUGUAAGAGAACAGCUGUGUAUUAUCAGUAAUCUGUAAGAAUUUGAUGCUGCAAGACUUUGUUUACUGUUGUUUUGU